UCUGCCUCUGUGGUGGAUAGUGGAGUAUUUCCCAUGUGGUAUUGGUGUGCUGGAUAUCCCUUCACUGGUAGCCUGGUAACAUACAGUCCCAGGUCUUUCUCUGCCUCUGUGGUGGAUAGUGGAGUGUUUCCCAUGUGGUAUUGGUGUGCUGGAUAUCCCUUCACUGGUAGCCUGGUAACAUACACUCCCAGGUCUUUCUCUGCCUCUGUGGUGGAUAGUGGAGUGUUUCCCAUGUGGUAUUGGUGUGCUGGAUAUCCCUUCACUGGCAGCCUGGUAACAUACACUCCCAGGUCUUUCUCUGCCUCUGUGGUGGAUAGUGGAGUGUUUCCCAUGUGGUAUUGGUGUGCUGGAUAUCCCUUCACUGGUAGCCUGGUAACAUACAGUCCCAGGUCUUUCUCUGCCUCUGUGGUGGAUAGUGGAGUGUUUCCCAUGUGGUAUUGGUGUGCUGGAUAUCCCUUCACUGGUAGCCUGGUAACAUACAGUCCCAGGUCUUUCUCUGCCUCUGUGGUGGAUAGUGGAGUGUUUCCCAUGUGGUAUUGGUGUGCUGGAUAUCCCUUCACUGGUAGCCUGGUAACAUACAGUCCCAGGUCUUUCUCUGCCUCUGUGGUGGAUAGUGGAGUGUUUCCCAUGUGGUAUUGGUGUGCUGGAUAUCCCUUCACUGGUAGCCUGGUAACAUAUAGUCCCAGGUCUUUCUCUGCCUCUGUGGUGGAUAGUGGAGUGUUUCCCAUGUGGUAUUGGUGUGCUGGAUAUCCCUUCACUGGUAGCCUGGUAACAUACAGUCCCAGGUCUUUCUCUGCCUCUGUGGUGGAUAGUGGAGUGUUUCCCAUGUGGUAUUGGUGUGCUGGAUAUCCCUUCACUGGUAGCCUGGUAACAUACACUCCCAGGUCUUUCUCUGCCUCUGUGGUGGAUAGUGGAGUGUUUCCCAUGUGGUAUUGGUGUGCUGGAUAUCCCUUCACUGGUAGCCUGGUAAUAUACACUCCCAGGUCUUUCUCUGCCUCUGUGGUGGAUAGUGGAGUGUUUCCCAUGUGGUAUUGGUGUGCUGGAUAUCCCUUCACUGGUAGCCUGGUAACAUACACCCCCAGGUCUUUCUCUGCCUCUGUGGUGGAUAGUGGAGUGUUUCCCAUGUGGUAUUGGUGUGCUGGAUAUCCCUUCACUGGCAGCCUGGUAACAUACACUCCCAGGUCCUUCUCUGCCUCUGUGGUGGAUAGUGGAGUGUUUCCCAUGUAGUAUUGGUGUGCUGGAUAUCCCCUCCUAAGGUUCAGUUUACAGGAGGAGAGGUGUCCUGAUACCCUCCUCUUGAAAGAGUUCAAGUCGUAGGCAGGAGGAAAUACAGAUGAAGGAAGAUUGUUCCAGAGUUUACCAGCAUGAGGGAUGAAAGAGUGAAGAUGCUGGUUAACUCCUGCAUAAGGGGUUUGGACAGUAUAGGGAUGAAAGAGUGAAGAUGCUGGUUAACUCUUGCAUAAGGGGUUUGGACAGUACAGGGAUGAAAGAGUGAAGAUGCUGGUUAACUCUUGCAUAAGGGGUUUGGACAGUAUAGGGAUGAAAGAGUGAAGAUGCUGGUUAACUCUUGCAUAAGGGGUUUGGACAGUAUAGGGAUGAAAGAGUGAAGAUGCUGGUUAACUCCUGCAUAAGGGGUUUGGACAGUAGAGGGAUGAGCUUGGGUUGAAAGUCGUGUGAGGCGGGGCCGUGGUAGGGGGGGAGGCAUGCAGUUAGCAAAUCCAGAAGAGCAGUCAGCAUGAAAAUAUCGAUGGAAGAUAGAAAGAGAAUGUGUUAAAGGAUGAUUAUCAGCCUGUUAUCUUCCCUUGUGUUAACGGUGUAUUUGUUUUCCAGCAACCAACGAAAAGAUCCUGUGGGUGCAGAUGGAGGCAUUGUGCUGGCCAGACCAACUUACCAUGAUCAGCGUUACUACGAUGAUGAAAGAAGACGACUGGAACUUGAACUUAUGCGAGCAAACAUUGAACACGUGAUGGCCCAGAAGAGGGCCUGUGAUGCAGAGGCAGAUUACAAAGAUGCAUUGACUAAAAAACUUAAGGGAGGCCAAUAAACAAAAUAGUUCUGAAAUAUGUAAUUUAUUGUACAUCCUUGCAUCAAGAUCCCAUGCAGAACCAGGUGUGUCCAAAAGUGCUUCACAAGUUUGGUGGCUGAGUGGUUAGCGUGACGGCCCCGCAUUCAGGAGCUCUAGGAGGGACGUGGGUUUGAAUCCCGGCCGUCGCAUGGCUGAGGUUUUUCAGUCACCGCCGAGUGGCCUAAGACUACCCACAUGCUGGCCUGAAGACCUGUGGCUUUACCGUGUAGCAGUGACAGGCCAAAUGUGUGGCUUUACCGUGUAGCAGUGACGGGCCAAAUUUGUGGCUUUACCGUGUAGCAGUGACAGGCCAAAUUUGUGGCUUUACCGUGUAUCAGUGACAGGCCAAAUUUGUGGCUUUACCGUGUAGCAGUGACGGGCCAAAUUUGUGGCUUUACCGUUUAGCAGUGAUGGGCCAAAUUUGUGGCUUUACUGUGUAGCAGUGACGGGCCAAAUUUGUGGCUUUACCAUGAAGCAGCGAUGGGCCAAAUUUGUGGCUUUACUGUGUAGCAGUGACGGGCCAAAUUUGUGGCUUUACCGUGUAGCAGUGACGGGCCAAAUUUGUGGCUUUACCAUGAAGCAGUGAUGGGCCAAAUUUGUGGCUUUACCGUGUAGCAGUGACGGGCCAAAUUUGUGGCUUUACCGUGUAGCA